GUAUUUAUAAAUUAUGCAACUACGGCGGCACUGUUUUGAUUCUUCACAGGUAAGCCACUCUCGUGUAUGUUUUUACCCCUUUGCGUGAAGGAAGUCUGUUUUGUAUUUUGUACCAUUUAACGAAAAAAAAAAAAAAAAAACAAUAUAUAUAUAAAGUAAAAUACGCAAAAAAUAGGCAGGGACGUGAAAAAUUCGAAGUAUAGAGAACAAUUAAGGUAACUACAUUUGCGUGACUAUCUUUUUUUUUUAAAUUGACAAGUUCAUACUUAAAAAAUAGAGCCUUUUCAACAUCAUACGCAGAAAUAACAGGCGUUAUAUGUUUAGCAAAUACGUUAUAGGAGCCACAUAACCACUACGUACAUAUAAUAUGUUGCAUGGCGAACGAAGCGCAUACAUUACGAUAGCCCACUUUUAAAAGGCGCCCUUAGGUUUUUUCUCAUUUUUUAUAAAUUAAAAAUGCUAGGAAAAAGGAAACUUGGUGAAGCCCAAAAACAAAAAAAGAAAAAAAAAUGGAUCGAAGAAUUGGAUGACGAUUCAGAAGAAAUUGAUUUAGACUGCCUAAACAAUUUGGAAGAGGAGGAAAGGGCCGAUUUGGAAAAAGAGGACGAGGAGGUGAAUCAGGAGGAGGAAAAAAAUGACGCAUCCAGCAUGGCUGUAGUAGGUGGUGGUGAUGAAGCUGUCACCGAGAAUGGAAAUAAUAAAAAGAAAAAAAGAUACGACUGGAUGAGUAGUGACGAUGAAGAUAUAUCCAGCGAGGAGGAUGAGGAAGAAGAGGAGGUGGAAUUAGAGGAAAAGGGAAAAGAAAAGGAGCAAGAACAGGGCGGAGAGAAAACAUAUAGCAGUGGUGGAACCCACUUGAAACCUGACAACGCUGCUGAGCAGCAAGGUACACGUUCUAGACAUAGCAGUGAGGUGAAAGGAGGGGGAGAAAACGGAAAUGUAGGGUACCAUCCGAAUGGUACGAAAUAUGAUACUUAUAAUGGUCAUGGGAAGCGCGGAAAUAUACGUAAAAUCCCCAUUGAUGAAAGGAGGAGCCAUAGUGACGAUGGCCCCGUCGAAAUUAUUGAAAAUAUAAAUAAAUAUUCAAUUAACCCUUUAGACAUCAAACUGGAAGAAAUCGAGCACCUAGUAACGUACGUAUACUUUAACAACAUUCAUUUUAGUUGCGUUACGGAGCAUUUGGUGGAGUUUUUAGAAAACUUCACGAAAAACAAAAUUUUGCAAAUUAAUUCAGAUAAGUCAACAAAUCAUACGAUUAUAUACAAGUAUGAUGAAAGAAAGAAUGACACAGUUUUGAUCAAUAAAUUUCCGCAUUAUGGGAAGUUAUUUGUUCAUGUGAAAAAUUAUCAAGUAAUUAUUUCGAAAAAAUUGUAG